ACAACCAGCAAGUUCAGGCUGGGCCGUCGGAGGUCGAUCGGAUCGAAUGGCUUUGGCGCCGGUGGAGUUCGUGGGCGCGAGGGACGGCGGGGAGGCGAUCUACUGCGCCAUCAUACUGUGGCUGUGUGUCAUGUCGUGGGUCAUCUUCACCUGCGGCGGCGAAAGGAGGAGGAAAGGUCGUCGGGGCAGCCGGAACACCAAGGUCUUCGUCGGCGCCGAGCGCCUGUGCGACGGCACCGGGCCCGACUGCAGCGGCGGCUACGGCCUCUGCGGCUCCUGCAUCGACUAACCUGGCCGAGCCGCGCGCCGGCCCUGGCUACGUUUGGGCUUCUGGUUGGUUACUUGAAUCGAUCCGUGUGAUUGGGGGUCAAAAAGUAUCAUGUAUUUACGAUGUGGUGUGAUGAAGAUCGAACUUCUCUUCUUUUCUCGGGCCAACCUCUUCUAGCUUUAGGCCUUGUUUGAUUAAGUCAUUCACCAAAUGGAUUGGAGUAGAUUGGAAGGAACUUGGAGGGAAUUUGACCCAUGUCAUUCCGGUCCAUUUGUCAUGUAACUGAACAAGGCCUUAGGGGUUGAUGACCGAUGAGAUGAGGUAGUAUGCAUAAGGAGUACGCCCAUCGCUCUCGGAGGUGCUGCCCUUUGCUGGGUCCGCCUAAACCAAGUGGACCAAUGAUAAAUAUAUGACGCAUGUUCAAGUGGUUUGUUA